AUGUCUGCCAGCACCGUUCCUGUCGAGCCUGCGGUUGAGCAGCGGAAUCAAAUACACUCUGCUACCGAGGAACAUUCCGAAGCUGGCGCCUUCGUACGAGAUGUGAUCAUCGGUUUCGCGGAUGGUCUGACGGUCCCUUUCGCCCUGACAGCCGGUCUGUCUAGUCUGGGAUCAUCCAAGCUGGUCAUCGUUGGCGGACUCGCGGAGCUGUUCAGUGGUGCCAUCUCCAUGGGACUGGGAGCCUAUCUUGCCGCCGUAACCGAUCGAGAUCAUUACAAGAGCGAGGAGAAGCGGGAGAGGGAGGAAGUGUGCACGAAACCCGAGGCUGAGAUGGAAGAGAUCCACGAGAUACUCUCUGGCUAUGGCAUCAGCGCCGAGGCGAGCCAGAUGGUCGUCGACUGCCUGGCUCGAGACGAGGAGAACUGGAUUAGGUUCAUGAUGGACUUUGAGCUGAAGCUGGAGAAACCAAACGUCUCUCAGGCGUGGAUCUCUGCCGCCACCAUGGGUAUUUCCUACUUCAUCGGUGCGAUCAUCCCCUCUAUCUUGGUCUUGAGUAUCCCAUUCUGA